CUCAGCCCUGGGGGAUCGAAGAGGAAGACACAGAGUGAUGAGGAGCAGUACGCAGAGGACGCUGUUUGUGUUCAUCACACAGUGAACACAUUCUCAUACCCUCAUCAUCAUUCACUGAGCGCUGCGUUCGGAUCUCCAAACUUUCAAGGACGCGAGCGAUGUGGACAGAUGUGCUGCGGAUCCAGAUCUGAAUCAUCAAGACAAAAGAGAAGAGGAAGAUCACUGGAGGAGAAGAGAAAGACAGAAGGCUGUUAGAAAGCGAAGAUAGAGGAAGAAAAAGAGAGAUAUGAUGGAUCCGUUACCUCUGGAUUCAGGAACAGUGGACGAGGUGGUGGACUUCUGCAUACAAUCAUUUGACAGUGAAGGCACAAUUAAAAAUCCCUCCUUUGUGAAAAUGUUUCUGAUGAUGCAUCCUUGGUACAUAUCCUCCACCGAUCUAUCCAAGAAACUGCUGCUACAGUCACAGGAAGGCAGCACUGAAGAUAUCAGAGCCAAAAUAUGCCACCUGGUCAAGUACUGGAUUUCUGAAUUCCCAGUAGAGUUUGAUCUGAAUCCUGCUUUGGCUGACCAAAUAAAAGACCUGAGAGAGAACCUGAACACUGGCGGCAAUGAAACACAGAGUCAACUGAUUGAUGUAGAGAGUGUGCCCUCGUAUAAAUGGAAACGUCAGGUUACCCAAAGAGUUCCAUCACUGUCAAAAAGGCGAAAAAUGUCACUUUUGUUUGAUCACCUGGACCCCUGUGAGCUUGCUGAACAUCUGACCUAUCUGGAGUACAAAUCCUUCUGCAAGAUAAUGUUUCAGGAUUAUCACAGCUUUGUGAUGCACGGCUGUACGGUAGAUAACCCCAUCCUGGAGAGGUUCAUCACGCUCUUUAACAGCGUCUCGCAGUGGAUUCAGCUGAUGGUUCUGAGUAAACCCACCGCACCGCAGAGAGCUGCUGUGAUCGCACACUUCUUACAGGUCGCACAGAAGCUCCUGGAGCUGCAGAAUUUCAACACGCUGAUGGCGGUGGUCGGGGGUCUCAAUAACAGCUCCAUCUCUAGGCUGAAGGAGACACAGGGAAACAUCAGCAAUGAAACUAAUAAGAUCUUUAACAGUUUGCUGGACCUGCUGACGUCCUUUGGAAACUAUAGUCGGUACCGGCGCCGGUUUGCUGAAUGCACUGGUUUCCGAUUCCCAAUCCUGGCUGUUAACCUCAAGGACUUGAUAGCUGUUCAUGUCGCUCUUGCGGACUGGACAGAUCCACAAAAGACUCGCGUCAACUUGACUAAAACUCAGCAACUCUAUGCCAUCCUGCAGGAAUUGGCUCUUGUGCAGAACAAUCCUCCUAACAUCGAGCCCAACACAGACUUACUCAAUCUACUUACAGUGUCACUGGAUCAGUAUCACACAGAAGAGGAGAUUUAUCAGCUCUCAUUACAGAGGGAACCCAGAGCUGCAAAACCAGCGAACUCAACCUCUUCCUCCAGUCCAGCUCCUAAACAGCCUUCAAUGAUUGACGAGUGGGCAGCAUCGGUCAAGCCUAAAGCCGAUCCUGCUAUCAUCAGCAAUCAUAUCGAGAAGAUGGUAGAUUCUGUGUUCAAGAAUUUCGACACAAACGGCGACGGCUCCAUCUCACGUGAAGAGUUUGAGUGUAUUAGGAAUAACUUCCCUUAUCUCAGCAAGUUCGGAGAACUCGAUAAAAAUCAGGAUGGACAGAUCAGCAGAGAGGAGAUGAUAGAUUACUUCAUGAAGGCCAGUUCUUUGCUCAACUGUAAGAUGGGCUUCAUACACACCUUUAUUGAGACCACAUAUGUGAAACCCACCUUCUGCGAACACUGCGCUGGCUUUAUAUGGGGCUUUUAUAAACAAGGAUACAAAUGCAAAGUCUGUGGUGUGAACUGUCAUAAAGCAUGUCAUGGACGCCUGACGGUCGAAUGCCGUAAAAGAACGAAGAGCAUCAGUCAUGAGACUCCACCGUUACUGAAGUCCAGAUCCUACAGCUUUCCUCUGCCCAGCAACGCCCCAUCAAACCUGCAGAACACAGUCAUCACAGAAGAGGAUGUUGAGGCAGCUGAGCAGGGUGUAUUUGACUGUCACCUCUAAACUGGGUGUACAGAUUUUUGUCUGUGUUGAGGCAAAUUUCUUCCAAUCACACCUAGCACAACAAUGUUGAAGGAAACAAGAGUUGUGUUGAACUGUGGGAUCACAGCCUGACACACACACACGGUGAGACAUGGACAUGCUGCUGUCUGCUGGACUGAAGCUGCAACUGAUCAACCACCUCUUCCCUGCUCAAGUCUGAAUGUACUCUCAAACAUAUCGCAAAAAAUCUCAAGCAUACAUGUAGGAUUUAUCAUUAUGGUGUACUUUCACUGUAGUAAGAUCUUUUUGUGAAUGCACCUAAAUUGGAGCUUAAAGCAGUUGUGACUUAAUUUCAGUGUAAACUCAGGCUGGUGGCAUAGAUCAGGUGUGUUUGCAUCUGAAAUAUUAUGCAAUCAUCUGUAAUGUUUUUAAACCUUUGAAUUUAAUGAAUUAAUCAAAAUGGGGGAAAAAUCCCAAACUUUUUUUUUUUUUCAAAUGAAUGUAUCUUGAGAGCGUUAACUGCAAUAAAAGAAGUAGUUGAUAUUCUAGCUAUAACUGAUGCAUCUGUGUUGAAUGCUGUAAAAAAUAAAAUAAAACAAACAAAAAAAAAAUUAUAUAAAUGAUCUGUAUAUAAAAAUAAGGUGUAUUAGAAUUAUAUAGAAUUAAAAGGCCCAACUUUAAAGCAACAAAUAUUAUGUGUGAACAAGAUUUGAAUGAACAAUGAAUUUCUGUAAAGUUAUUCACGCCAUGACCAAAUAUUCGCCCGCCAAAGUUUUUUUUUGUUGUUGUUUUUUUCCACCUGGCGAAUGAGUACGUUGGAAAAUAAGAUAUCAGCUUUUGGUCACAUGUCCAGAGCCUAUUCCAGCCACAUAUCUGAGCAUUUAACACUAACUGAUGAUUAAUCUAGUUAAUUGAAAGGGUCAGACACUCAUGAUGGUUUGUAUGUAAUCCAAAUGAUUAAAUGGCUCCAUGCACCAAUGGAGAUUUUAAUGAUUUCCAAUAGAAUAUUUUAUUUUAAAGUUAUUGAUAUAAAAACAUGAAUAGGAAAAUGGCAUCUUCAUGGGGAAAUGACAUUACCUUGGCCUUUUGCUGAAGAAUUAAAUCUAAUUUCAAUGAUUAUAAAUAGUUCUUGUGGUCCUGUGUUCAAAAGAUGUUAAACAUCCCCUUAAAAAAAUUCUGGCUCUGUUGUUGUGAGAUGCCAAAAACAUCAUCUGUUUCACAACACUAGGUUCAUGUUUCAAAUGUGAGAAUAUCUCUGUUCUCUCUCUUUUUAAUGUGCCGUACGUUGUAGCAUUAGCUGUUAAGAUGUGAUUUACAAAAUUCUUCCAAUGAUCUGAGAAACUGUCGAUAUUUAGUCGGGGAAAUCUGACUCUUACAGUAUGUUAGGCAUGUAACACGUUUUGUAUGCAUAUUAACUGAUAUGUUCUUUUCAUAUAUCCUAUGCUGUUUGUUGAAUGUUUUGUUUUUAUACGUACAGUGUUGUGUCAUUAAUUAAAAGAGAAAGGAAGAUGUGUUUGGAGUGAGAAUGGAUUUUACAUUGAAGUAAAUCUGUGGUGUUGCACACUGAAAUAUGUUUGUUCCGUAAUACAAAAGAUUAGUUUUUUUCUUGGUGAUGAUUGAAUGUAUUUUUCUCAUGCAAACAACUUUUUAAUGUGCAUUCUGUAGGAUUUUUUUUUUUUUCAGUUACAAUAAAUAUUGAUAUA